CAGGAGGAGAGGCUGGUCAGGAAGGGGGGCAAUGAACCUGGGCUGAGCCUGGCUUUGCACAGAGAGCAGGCGCUGCGUGGGAGCAGGUGCUUGCACCCAGACGGGGGCAGGGAGAAGGGAAAUGGUGCUUUAGAUGCUGAGACCACGACGACGGACCAGCAGGCGGAAGCGCGGUCCUUCCUCAGCGAGGAAAUGAUUGCGGAGUUCAAGGCCGCCUUCGACAUGUUCGACGCGGACGGCGGCGGGGACAUCAGCACCAAGGAGCUGGGCACCGUCAUGCGCAUGCUGGGGCAGACUCCCACCAAGGAGGAGCUGGACGCCAUCAUUGAGGAGGUGGAUGAAGAUGGCAGCGGCACCAUCGACUUCGAAGAGUUCCUGGUCAUGAUGGUGCGGCAGAUGAAGGAGGAUGCCAAGGGCAAGUCGGAGGAGGAGCUGGCAGAGUGCUUCCGCAUCUUCGACAAGAACGCGGAUGGGUACAUCGAUGCCGAGGAGCUGACCGAGAUUUUCCGAGCCUCUGGGGAGAGCGUGACUGAGGAGGAGAUCGAGGAGCUCAUGAAAGACGGGGACAAAAACAAUGACGGACGCAUCGACUUUGAUGAGUUCCUGAAGAUGAUGGAAGGUGUGCAGUAA